AUGCACGCUCGAGACGCCACUGGCCGUCAGGUCUCCCUUCUCAACGACGAACCUGCCGUCCAAUCCAUUCCUCAGCGCCCCAGUUACCAUGCAGCUAGCCAGGUCAUCUCACAACCUUUUCACCCGGCGCCGCGCAGCAACUCCUCUUCACCCCACACCCCCGAACUCCUUCGUUCAGACUCGUACGACUCCAACGCGAGCAGUGAUCCCCUUUCGCCCAUGACUCCUACCUCCUAUGAUCCGAGCAGAGCCAGCGCAUUUCCUGGACAGCCCAUCUACGACGAGUACGACAUGCCCUCGAAGCGCCCAGCCUACGCGAACAGUAGCCGUGCAAACUCAUACGAAGACGACAGCUCAGCGACAUCACCUUUGCCCGAACGCCCUGGAAAGAGAUAUCCUUGCCGUUACCGCGACAGCCAUGGCUGCGAAAAGACUUUCACCACCUCUGGACACGCUUCCCGUCAUUCCAAGAUCCACACCGCUGAGAAGGCGGUGCAGUGCACAUUUCAUGGCUGCCAAAAGAAGUUCACUAGAGCCGACAACAUGAAGCAGCAUCUCGAGACUCACUACAAGGACAAGUCUCGUUCCACUGCCUCUGCCAAGGCCACUGCUCGCUCCUCACUGGGCGGACUCUCAUCUUCGGGCCGCCGAUCUUCAUCUUCUUCCGCCAGAGUCGCCGCCAGCACCCGUGCUCCUCGCGAUCAACCCAUGUGGGAAGGGGAGUCCCCUUACGGAUACCCUCCUGGCCAGGCACCGCUCCCGUCUCCUGCUGCCACCGGCGCAUGGGAUAUGCGUGGUCUGAACCUGCCCCUGCUCAACCGCCCUAGUGCAGUGAGGACACCCAGCAGCGGUCUGGACGCAUUGGCUAUGGCUGUCGCAUGUCAAGAGGGCAGCGCGUAA